CAAGCUAGGCAAGCGUUUGCCACUGCCAUUGGUGCCAGGAAAGAUCUGGGGGGUUUCAUUUUCUCUGCCAAUUCUGGAAAGGCGUGCUGCGUGCAGAGGCGUUGAUGCAUGGCCCCUGGGAGGCCUGCUUCUUAUCCUUCUUUAGGUUUUUCAAAAUAGGAGUAGCUUGGCGGACGGUCGUCUCUGUUCACUUGGCCAUGAAAGCUGACACUCUGCUUGUUUUAAGUUAGUGGAUCUGAGAACGUCCUGGCAUUGGAAAGAUUGGUCCAAUCUGUUUUCGAUUGGACAGGCACGUGAUUCGUGAACCCAAUUUCGAUGCAUGCAAGCUGCGGCUACUGAGUUCAGCUUAAGCUUCAGCACGCUAUUGGCAUUGAUAAGCUAGAGAUCUGCUGGCAACAUGACAGCCAAGAUGCUCCUUCAGGGGUUCCGGGGUGGUGCAUCUCUUGCUCAAGGUUUCAGUCUAGGAAGCUUCAAACUGCAAGUUUAUGGCUCUUGGCUCGAGGGGAUUGCACUCCAGUCUGUGCAGACACCUCGAAACUUGGCCUCCGUAGCAAGCACCGGAAGAGGCCUCAAGGAGCUUGCUUCCUUUGGUUCAAGUCAGAGUGCAAAGCAGUUCUUUGCUGCCUCCGCGACCCCCUCCAUUGCACGGUUCGCUGGCUCUCAUGGAACAUCUUCAGCAAGCAGCUCAAGCCUAGCAACCUCCCUCUGGGGAAAGCCAACAAACCGAAACGUUUCGCUUAUCAGCAGGCAUUUGCGUCCAUUCAACCAACAAGCAACGCUCGCACAGAAGGCCAUCACUACUCAGCAAGCCACUCAUGGCAAAAGACUAGCUUUCUCUGCAGCUGAGAUCAGAUCUAUCGUGGGGAAAGCGUUUUCGCAGCAGACAUCAAGCAGGUUUUUCAGUGGGGCCACAAGGAUUGCGAAGGAACUUGGGGGUGAAGCAAGCGGUGGAACAGCUGCGAAAGCGAAUGAGACCAGCUAUCCUGGAAAGCGCUUUAUUGAGUGGUACCUGCAAACGAUCGAGGAGAAACCGCUGCUGGUAAAGAGUCUGACUGCGGGAGCGAUCUUUGUGGCGUCAGAUCUCUGCGCUCAGGCUUUAGGAGGCUGGGAAGGGGGAUACGACUUUCCGCGCUCGCUCCGUAUGGCUGCCUUUGGCCUUUUCAUGUCGGGGCCCCUUCUUCAUUUCUGGUUUGGCUUGAUGACCAGGAUGUAUCCUGGGCGGGACUUGAUCAGCGUGUGUAAGAAGAUCUUCAUCGGACAGACAACUGUAGGACCGCUCUUCACCGCCAUAUUCUACUCAUUGAAUGCUGCCUUGCAAGGAGAAAAUGCGGAUGCUAUUUGGGCCAGGUUGAAGCGCGACUUGAUACCUACUUUGAAGGCUGGGCUGACUUACUGGCCGCUGAUCGACCUCUUCACUUAUUCACGAGUACCAGUACAUUUGAUGCCUCUGACCAACAACACUGCGUCCUUCUUGUGGACAAUCUACAUAACAUACAUUGCGGGGCAAGGAGGGGCGGGUGACGACAAUUAGGAGUAGUCAUGGCAGCUGCCAGGAGGAUUUUCGGAGAGACUUGAUACGCGACCGACACAUCCAGUUCGUUUCUGAGCAAUACAUUGUGCAACCGGGGUAUAUAGAGCUUUAUCGGAGCUGCUCAUCAGCUAUAGAUUGGCCAUGCUUGUCGAGAACAGAUGGGAAGUCGGUUUAUCGUGCCAAGCAUGCCUGACUUCAGGUGCAGAAGGGAACAUGGAUCGCUGUUUGUUUACAGAAUGCCAUAAGCUGAUGUCAGCCAAGAGCUAGCCAAUACUGGCAUGCGAUUUCCGCAAACGGUAGCAAAAUCUAAACUUCGGCACUCUAAAUCGUUUAGUAUACUUUAAAUCAAGGUCCUGAGUGGCACUGCGAUGGAUAGUCACUCCCAG